AUGACCGCGAAAACGGCUCUUCUGGUUCUAGCGACGACGCUCGUCGCCGCGACGAUCGCGACGCCGGUCGAUCCGGAAAGGACGGAGGUGUUCCGCUUCCUACGAGCGUACGGUUUUCUGAGGUACGGCGGAGGAUCGUUGUCGCCCGACAACGCGACGUUUCUGCGUCGCGCGCUGUCGCUGUUUCGAGAAUAUUAUCGACUACCUGGUAACGGCGUGCUAAAUAUCGAUACGCUCAAUCUCAUGCGCAAACCGCGAUGCGGACUAGCGGACAUUCCCGCGUACAGCCCGUUCGCGAAGAGAUGGCCGAAAACGAGUCUCACGUGGAAUUUUCAAGUGGCUAGCGAGGAACUCCUACGAACGACCGAAGCAGCAUUCGUGUUAUGGGCGGCGAAUUCAUCGUUAAAGUUCGUACGCGAUUCGCUACGUCCCGAUAUAUUAAUAUCAUAUCGAACAGGCGCUCACACUUAUGCGAAUCGCGAGAACGGCGACGUUUGCCCAGCGGCUUUCGAAGGUCCGGGAGGAGCCCUCGCUCACGCGUUCUUUCCCACCGAAACAGCUGAUUUCGCCUCGGAGGUGCACGUCGAUGACGAGGAACCGUGGCACGUGCACCUGAAAAAGAAUCCUUCUAACAAGUAUCAUCUACUUUUAACGCUAACUCAUGAGAUCGGUCACACCUUAGGUCUGCAACACAGUAUGCGCAACGACUCGGUGAUGUUUCCGUAUAUACCCGACUACGAGCUUCAAUAUCCGGUCAAGCUAAGCUUGGAGGAUAUUCUCGCUAUACAGAAUCUGUACGGAUCUCGCGACGACGGGGAUCACCCCGCGAUUCCCGCGACCACCGCGACACCCGCUACCACUGCGGCGCCCGCGACGACCGAUCUCGCGCCGACCGAUCCGUCGCGUGCGGAUCUUCGCGCCUUAUGGCGCUUAGACGUAGCCUUAAUAAUGAAUCGGCGUUUAUAUAUAUCCAAUCGACGCAAUUUAUGA